AUGAGUUCCAUCCAGAGUCAGCUGGUCAGCUCCCUCAGCGUCCUGUCAGCGUUCUACUCCCCAGGCCAGAAAGCUGCAGCUGCCAGCAAACAGCAAGAGCAAGCUGGACUCAAAUCUAUUAUGAAGAAAAAUGGCGUUGCAGACAAGCCGGGGAACAAGGGAGCUAAGAAAAACCUGAAGUUUGUCGGGGUGAACGGAGGCUAUGAGACAACAUCCAGCGAGGAGUCGGAUGGAGAUGAAAAGUCAAAGGAAGAGGACAGUUUAGAAGCAGAAGUAGAAAAGGACAAAGAGAAGCAGCCUGAAGAGAAAAGCCACGAGGAGUCUCCAUCAGCGCAGACAGAGCCAGAGGGGACAGUAGCCACACCGUUAGCAGAGGCCGGAGCAGAGGCCAGAGCAGAGGCCGGAGCAGAGGCCAGAGCAGAGGCCGGAGCAGAGGCCAGAGCAGAGGCCGGAGCACCGGGGGAGAAGCAGGAGAGCGAGGAGAGGGGGCUGCUAGAUGUCACCCCUGAGCAUGAGGUCCUUGAGGAAGAUGGGGAGAAAGUUGACAGAGGAUUCGUAGAUGCUUGUCUCUAUGUGAAAGACCGCAUGGAGGAAGUGUCCUCCCCUGAUAAAGAAAUGCGGCAGGUGUUGAUGGUGCUCUACCAGGAGUGGUUCCGUGUCUCCAGUCAGAAAGACUCCAGCGUGGACACGGUCAGACUGUACCUGAGACAAGUUGGGAUGACCACGCCCACCCUGCUGCCCUAUGUGGUUAAUCUGACCGACGGGAACGGCAACAUGGCUCUGCACUACAGCGUCUCACACUCAAACUUCUCCGUGGUCAAACUGCUGCUCGACACAGGCCUUUGUGAGACCGAUAACGUGAACAAGGCGGGCUACACUCCGGUGAUGCUGGCUGCGCUCACAGCUGCUGAGAGUCCGGACGAUCUGGAGGUGGCUGAACAACUGCUAAAGAUGGGUGACGUCAAUGCACGCUCUCGUCAGGCCGGCCAGACGGCGCUGAUGCUCGCGGUGAGCCAUGGCCGCGUUGCCAUGGUUAAGCUGCUCCUUAGCUGUGGAGCGGAUGUAAACGGCCAGGACCGAGAAGGCUCCACGGCCCUGAUGUGCGCAUGCGAACACGGACACACGCACAUCACACGCCUGCUGCUGGAGAGCGGCCAGUGUGACAUGAGCCUGGCUGAUAAGAACGGACAGACUGCCAUGAGUGUUGCAGAAGGAGCCUCACACAAAGACAUCAUCGACAUUUUAAAAUCUUACAAAAAGUCGACUCCGGGCCUUCUCUGA